AUGGAGGUUUACGUAGGAACUCAGCCAGAUGGCCCUUUCAAAUGUGACAAUUCUCCGUCAAGUAUUGUAAAACGACUAAUAUUAGCGCCGAUAUCAAAAACUGGCCGCAAUAUUACAAUGGACAAUUGGUACAAUUCAAUUCCAUUGGCUAAUGAGUUACUAAAAAAUCAUAAUCUUACCGUAGUGGGCACUUUGAGAAAAAACAAAAGGGAAAUUCCACCGGUUUUUUUAGAAACUAAAAAAAGAGAAGUAAAUUCGACUUUGUUUGGAUAUGGAAAAGACCUUUUACUUACAUCCUAUACUCCAAACAAAAAUAAAAAUGUCAUUAUGAUAUCAAGUAUGCAUGAUCAAGGUAUCAUUGACCCGGAAUCCGGUGACCAAAAAAAACCAGAAGUCAUAACGUACUAUAAUGGUACUAAAGGUGGAGUGGAUGUAGUAGACGAAAUGAAAGGCGAGUACUCGGUGGCAAGAAUUAGUUGUCGAUGGCCCCUAACUAUUUUUUUUUCAUUGAUGAAUAUUGCUGGGAUAAACAGUCAAAUUAUAUAUCGCGAAAAUACAGAUAAAAUGAUAACUCGUCGAGAAUAUUUGAAAACUUUGGGACAAGAGCUCACUAAACCUUACAUGGUCAGUUGUUCGUUAUGUGGUGUGUAUAUAUGUAAAGAACAUACUACUCCUACUUGUCCGACAUGCAACACCGUGAAAGAAAACUCGGAAAAUUCUAACGAUGAGUUAUAA